GUGGCGUAGGAUUCGAUAUAAAUUGCGGUGUGCGCCUAAUUCGGACGUGUUUGUCGGAGAAAGAUGUGCAGCCGGUGAAGGAGCAGUUAGCACAAUCGCUGUUCGAUCAUAUACCAGUGGGUGUUGGAUCGAAAGGAAUAAUUCCGAUUGGUGCUCAGCAAUUUGA